UAUAGGAUAAUAGGAGUUAGCUUUCCAUCGUCCUUCUGGUUUCUUUCUGUCUCAACUGUAGACCUUAGCUUUGCAUGUAAUGGUUUCUCUAGCUCGGAAGCUGAUCGCACCCAGGAACCCCAUCCCAAGACCCAUAAGCUACGAGCUCGGAAACCCAGAAGCUUCUCAGCCCUUCGUCCCAUUUUCCCGUCUUCAAGAGACAAAGCUCUUAGAAUCCCAUCUGGUUUCACUUCUCGACCACUGUAGCAGCCUAAUUCAAAUCAAACAAGUUCAUGCUCGCGUUGUUCGCAAAGGUCUUGACCAAUGCUGCUAUGUUUUGGCAAAGCUACUCCGUAUGCUCACAAAAAUCAAUGUCCCAAUGGACCCAUAUCCCCGUCUUGUAUUUCAUCAAGUGGAAUACCGUAACCCUUUUCUAUGGACCUCUUUAAUUCGGGGUUAUUGCAUUCAAGGACCAUUGAAAGAGGCAGUGCGUUUGUAUAAUGCUAUGAGAAGGGAAAGUAUAUCCCCUGUUUCUUUUACUUUGACGGCUUUGCUCAAGGGUUGUAGCGAUGAACUUGAGUUGAAUUUAGGUAGGCAGAUUCAUUGUCAGGGCAUAAAGCUUGGUGGGUUCUGUAAGGAUUUGUUUGUUCAUAAUACUUUAAUUGAUGUGUAUGUAAAAUGUGGCUGGUUGGAUAGAGGUCGAAAGGUGUUCGAUGAAAUGUCUGAUAGGGACGUGAUUUCGUGGACUUCGCUGAUCGUUGCGUAUUCGAAGGCUGGAGAUAUGAUGGCAGCUGCUGAGCUGUUUGAGAGAUUGCCUGUGAAAGAUUUGGUUGCAUGGACGGCUAUGGUAUCGGGUUUUGCGCAGAAUUCUAAACCGAGGGAGGCGUUGGAGUUCUUUCAUAGGAUGCAGUGUGGAGGUGUGGAGACUGAUGAGGUGACACUGAUUGGGAUUAUUUCAGCUUGUGCGCAGUUGGGGACCGCUAAAUAUGCAAAUUGGGUUCGUGAUGUGGCUGAGGGAUAUGGUUUUGGACCUGCCAAUCAUGUCAUGGUCGGAUCUGCAUUGAUUGAUAUGUACUCCAAGUGUGGGAAUGUGGAGGAGGCAUGCAAGGUUUUCGAGAAGAUGAAGGAAAAGAACGUGUUCUCAUAUAGUUCGAUGAUUGUGGGUUUCGCAAUGCAUGGAUGUGCGAAUGCUGCAUUGGAUUUGUUUGAAGAAAUGGUAAAAACUGAGGUAAAGCCUAAUAAGGUGACAUUCAUUGGUGUUCUUAUGGCUUGUACUCAUGUAGGUUUGGUAGAACGGGGUCGACACCUGUUUGAUAUGAUGGAGAAACAUUAUGGUGUUGAACCAUCAGUAGAACACUAUGCUUGCAUGAUUGAUCUCCUUGGCAGGGCUGGGCAACUAGAAGAAGCUCUUCAGCUUAUCAAAGCUAUGCCAAUGGAGCCUAAUAGUGGUGUCUGGGGAGCCCUACUGGGAGCUUGUCGGAUUCAUGGUAAUCCUGAAAUUGCACAAGUUGCUGCUAGCCGUUUAUUUGAGCUUGAACCUGAUAGCAUUGGAAACUUUGUCCUGCUCGCCAAUACAUAUGCUUCAGCAGGAAGGUGGGAAGAUGUUUUAGGGGUAAGGAAAUUAAUAAAACAAAAACUGCUGAGAAAGGAUCCUUCGCGGAGCUGGAUUGAGGGCAAAGAGGGGAUGAUUCAUGAGUUCUACGCUGGUGAUACGACCCACCCUAAGUCGAAAGAGAUUAAGGAAGCACUUGAGGAUCUUGUUGGUCGGCUUAAGUCACAUGGCUAUGAGCCAAACUUAAGUUCUGUGCCUUAUGAUCUGAGCGAGGAACAUAAAAAGCGGAUACUUCUCACGCAUAGUGAGAAGCUGGCCCUGGCAUAUGGGCUGCUUAUCAUUGAUACUGGGUCUAUCAUCAGGAUCAUGAAAAACCUAAGAAUAUGUGAAGAUUGCCACUCAUUUAUGUGCGGUGCAUCUCAAAUCACUGGCAGGGAGAUUAUUAUCAGGGAUAACAAGAGAUUUCACCAUUUCCGAAAUGGUGUAUGCUCUUGUGGUAACUUUUGGUAAUUGAUAGUAGAACCCUCAUUUCUUUCAAGUGCAACUCUGUGUGAGUUUGAAGGAUCCUUUUUCUUUGGAGAUGGCCAUUACUCGUCACAAGUGCCUCGUUAGUCAGUUAUUCAAAUUGGUUUUGAAUUGCUCCUGAAGUGAGGAAUUGGGAUUCUUGUUCAACUGAAGGGUAAUGAUUAAUUCAUUCAAUGGCAAACCUAAUUCCAUAAAUGUCUUUGAUCCAAGGUGCCAACCUAUAUCACAGGAAACCAAUUCCAAAGAAGGAUGUUACAAGAAUUGGAAAUAUUCUAGCAAAAGAUCCGAAAGCAAGAAUCAAGGAGUCAAACGUACAAGUCAAGAUCCAAAGGCAAGAAUCAAGAGUUAAAUUGCUGUGACCACGUGUUUUAUGAAAAACGGAUACUCGAUUCAACUAUUUACGGAAGGCAUCAAUCAAUCAGCAGUCAGCAUAGAAGAUCAAUCAAUCUGCAUAAAAAAGAUCUACAGAGAAUAAUCAUCUCAACGGCUUACAAGAAAAAGGAAAUCAAGGAAGCAACGAAAGGAAAGUCCAUUAAUUCUAUUUUUGGAAGAAAAUCAUCUUGAUUGAUUCUGAGAUCAACUUCCUUGGGUUGCCUUUCAAUCAUUACAGUGAUUACACUAUCACGCCGUGAAGAAUGGAG